CAGCUUACUAGGGCAGACCCACAUGCACGGCGCUUGAGACAAAUAGGUACGAUUGAAGGGCUUUAAUCACAAGUCCGGCAAUGCAGGUACAUUAAUCAGACAAACAGAUGAUCAGAUCAGGCAACGGUACAGACAGGGUUCAGGCGGAAUUAGAGUAUAGGCAAGGUUCGGUCACAGAUUCGGUAACAGGUCAGAACUAGGAGAAACGGUGGAAAGUGGUGAUAACACGGAACAAUCUGGUAGUGUCAGGCUUGGGCAGAGAUCGCACCCACAUGUACAGUGUGAGGAGACAGGAUACAUGGCAAAAAUCAAGUUUUAAGUCGUAAAUCUUAGUACAAGGCGGUCCAGGUCAUACACAGAGAAUCUCAGUAUUACAGUACAAGGGAGCAGGCUGGGUCAGGUCCAAGAACAGGCAAUGGUUCGGUAACAGAAUCAACAAGGCUACAGUACCGGCAGGGAACAGGCGAUCUCGAGGUUAGACAAUCCAGUAUCAAAAGUCAGUAGGUCAGUAUCAAAAGUUCUUACUAGGCAACAGUACCGUUCAGGAGUAGGCAGGAGUCGGUGGUCAGGAACACGAAACAGGAUCAACACAAGGUAAACUAGACUGAGAAACUGCUGGAAAGUGAUGACUUGCAUACGACGAUCUGGCAACUGGCUAUGGUGACUGGUGGUGGUUAAAUACACAGGUGAGUAAUGACUAAUCCAAGACAGGUGUGUGUAAUGAGAAACAGAGGUGAGACUGGAACCAACAGGAUGAGAACAGAAACCGGACAUGCUACAAAAUAAAACAGGAAAUGAACCUAAAACCUGACAGGCAGAGGUACGAGGUGAGUACUGGAGACUGAAUACAAGGCAGAUUGUUAAUUGACUGCAACUGCAUGAGUCAUGUGACCAGAAGUAAAGCUCAGGCUAGACCUGGAGCGGCAGUAGCCGGAAAAGCACAAAAUAAAACAGGAAGGGGAACCAGAAGAGAUAACACGAGAGUAUGACAGUCCCCAACUCCCUCCACUGUAGCCAGGACUACAGACCGGCCAAUGUUCAGAACCAGCUUUUGACCAUCAUAGCUUGGUGAACUGUCUCAAACUACUGAUUAUCUCUGUUUACCUCAGCUCAAAAGAAGAAGCAACACAAUGAUCAGUUACUCUGUGCUCAAACAGCAGCUCGACUGGUUUGACAAUGUGGACUGAAUUCAAAACCCUUGUCUGACCAUCGUUCCUACACGUAGGAAACAUCUUCAAACUAUACUGUAUAAUAAUAAUAUUAGACUGGCUACCUCUUAAUGCAAGGAAACAGAAAUGCAUAAUGUGAAUGGCGUCCUGCACCUUCUUGUUCAUCAAGUCUACACUAAUAUUCUACACUAACGCAUACAUUUAGUAAUUGGUCUGUUACAGAAACUGAUGACGUCAUCUGCCAAUGCUGAAUCAGGGAUUCAUGAAGGUGAUUCCAUCUUAUUAUCGUAUCAUAUUUGCUUCAGGAACCAGAAAAAGGUCAAACGAAGAUACUAUCAGACUUCCUUAUUUACUGGAAAAUUACCCUGAGUCUUGGCUCAGCCGUCCACGUAAUGUCCGCCUGCACCUUUGCUUCUGUAACGGAAAAGAUUUACCUCAUCUAAAUCUCAGGCAGGUCAGUUGAUAAGUACAAACUAACAUUUCCGUAAGAACAAGCUUGUCUGUGUGAACAUGGAGACAGUCAGCGUGUUACUGAGCGUCCUCUUGGCCUCAGGUGAGAUGUUUGUUCCCUUAUUUAUGACAAAUUAUUUACGUGAAAUGUAAACCUCAAGAAAUACUGUAAAGGGGAAAAAUGUUUCUACUGCUCAAGUCUGGUGGAAAAAUGUUGAACUUUGUUUUCAUCUUUAUUCUCAGCCAAUUUGUUAACAACGGUUUCUGGUUUUACAGGAGCUUUGGCUGAUUGUAGUCAGAACUCAGGCCUCUUAAUUACGACACCAAAGAAGAUGGAAGCACUGAGUGGAUCCUGUUUGAUAAUCCCGUGUAACUUUAGCUCCAAGCCAGAAGAGGAAUUUAAUAGCACGAGAGCAACCUUCGGAGUGUGGAUUGUAAAUGACCACAGGUUUAACGAUUAUCCUAGAAAUGUGAUCUAUAACAGCAGUAAGACAGUUAACGUUUAUCCAAUGAAUAUCACUGGAAACCUGUGGCAGAGAAACUGCACCACUCUGUUCUCUGAUCUGAAAGCAACACACACAGACACCUACCAUUUCAGAAUUGAGAACGGAGCGUUCAGAGCAACAGCACAAUGUAAUGGUCUUCAAAUAAAUGUUAAAGAUUCUCUAGAUCCCAAGAUAACAAUCUCAGGUGAUCUGAGGGAGAAUGUGUCUGUGACUAUAACCUGCUCAGCUUCCACUCCCUGUCCACACCUCCCUCCUAAACUCACCUGGAAUCUACAAGCAGCGCCUGACAACCACAGAGAGGAAAACACAGAUGGAACUUUCACUACUAAGAUCCAGAAGACCAUCACUCUGUCAGACCAACAUGAUGGACUCACCAUCAGCUGUUCUGCCUCAUAUCCUGUUUCUGGAGGCAUGAAGACAGCACAGACUCUGGUGACUCUUAAUGUUUCAUAUGCCCCCAAGGACACCUCAGCCUCCAUCAGUCCAUCAGCUGUGGUGUCAGCAGGUAGCUGGGUGAACCUGAGCUGCUCCAGCAGAGCCAGGCCUCCUGUCAGCAGCUUCACCUGGUUCCAGAUCAGCAAUGAUGGAGCCAAGGCCAUGGUGUCUGAAGGAGAGUUUUACAGCUUUAAAGCAAUGGAUGGAGGCAUCUAUGCCUGCCGCGCCUCUAAUGGUCUUCGUAAACAUUGGUCACCAGAGAUCCUCCUGACUGUUGAAGGUACAAAUUCAUCUGGGGUCCACAUUAUAGUUAAAGCUGUAGGAGUUGUGCUGCUCUUCAGUUCACUGGUCAUCUUUGAGUGCUGCUUCAGAUCACGGACUAAAGCAAAGGACACGGCAGCAGGCGACUACGUCAGCCUGCUGGGUUUCGUGUCAGUCCAGUCUGUGGACAUGGCGACAGUCAGCUUGUUGCUGAGUGUCGUCCUCCUUCCAGGAGCUUUGGCUGAUUGUACUGAAACAUCACACCUCUUCAUCACUGCACCAAAGAUGAUGGAAGCACUGAAUGGAUCCUGUCUGAUGAUCCCAUGUGACUUUAGAACUGAUCCUGAAAAUCUGUUCAUCAGCGCCAAAACCGUCUACGGAGUGUGGAUUAAAAAUAACAAGAACAUUUGGCAAAACCCAGACAAUGUGAUCUACAACAGCAGUGGAACAGUAACAACCUACCCAAUGAAUAUCACUGGAAACCUGACACAGACAAACUGCACCACUCUGUUCUCUGAUAUGAAAGCAACAUACACAGACACGUACUACUUCAGGAUCGAUGGGUCAGUGAAGGCAACAGCUGUUUGUGAUCCUCUGCAGAUCAAUGUCAGAGAUGCUCCUGGGAGCCCCAGACUUACCAUCUCAGGUGAUCUGAGGGAAAAUGUGUCUGUGACUAUAACCUGCUCAGCUUCCACUCCCUGUCCACACCUCCCUCCUAAACUCACCUGGAAUCUACAAGCAGCGCCUGACAACCACAGAGAGGAAAACACAGAUGGAACCUUCACUACUAAGAUCCAGGAGACCAUCACUCUGUCAGACAAACAUGAUGAACUCACCAUCAACUGUUCUGCCUCAUAUCCUGUGACUGAAGGCAUCAAGACAGCAAAGACUCAGCAGACUCUCAAUGUUUCAUAUGCCCCCAAGGACACCUCAGCCUCCAUCAGUCCAUCAGCUGUGGUGUCAGCAGGUAGCUGGGUGAACCUGAGCUGCUCCAGCAGAGCCAGGCCUCCUGUCAGCAGCUUCACCUGGUUCCAGAUCAGCAGUGAUGGAGCCAGGACCAACGUGUCUGAAGGAGCCUUCUACACAUUUAAUGCCACAGGUGGAGGAGUUUACUACUGCGUGGCCUCCAAUGGCCUGGGUGCCCAGGCAUCACCACAGAUUCAUCUGACUGUUACAUCUGUUGAAUCUGUUUUACUGUGGGAACCAGUAGUUGGAGGAAUCCUUGGGAUCAUUGCUCUGAUCUGUUUGAUUCUGUGUAUUUGGCGUUUGAAGUCAACACAAACUGUACAACAGACUCAGAAUCAGACAGACGAGGCUCCAACCAUUCAGAAGGAGGAGGCAGAGAGCAUCCACUAUGGAGAGAUCGCCUUCGCAGAGCUCAGAGCUGGAGCGCCCUCUGACUCCGUGCAGAACCACCAACAGCAGCAGGACACGGUUUACGCACAGGUCCAUGUGUCCAACAGCGCCAGCAGCUCGGCAGAUGCUCAGCUCUACAGUGAGCUGAAGAAAUGAGGCCUGUUAACACAGAAUGACUAUCAUGAGCAUUCACUCAUCCUAAAAACACUAUGAUCUUUUUAACUCCUCUCCCAGUUGUUCCAUAAAUUACUUGUAACCAUCAAUAACCACUUUUUUUAUUUCAGCUGUCAAAGUGCUGCGUCUGAUUUGGUUUUACUGCCAUGUGACGAUGAUGAA